UUUCCCAAAUCUAUCGCGACUAUAUAUACCCGAGAGCUACAAAAGCUAGGGUAUAAAAAGCCCCAAAUUUUUCAGCUGAGAAAAUCUUUCCAAGCAACGUUCACCAAAGCGCGAGGGAGAGCCCAAGCCAAAGUCUCGUUCACAUCGUCGUCACCAACUUAUCGUGUUCGGCGAAGAAUUAUGGCGACGUUCGAGCUUUACCGGAGGUCGACAAUCGGAAUGUGUCUGACUGAGACUUUGGACGAGAUGGUUCAGAACGGUACUCUCAGUCCCGAGCUUGCCAUUCAGGUUCUCGUCCAGUUUGACAAGUCUAUGACGGAAGCUCUGGAAUCCCAAGUUAAGAGCAAGGUCUCGAUCAAGGGACAUCUCCACACCUAUAGGUUCUGCGAUAAUGUUUGGACCUUCAUCUUACAGGAUGCUCGGUUUAAGAAUGAGGAAUCCGAGGAAGCGGUCAAGCGCGUUAAAAUAGUGGCCUGUGAUUCAAAGUUGCUUACACAAUAAGAUGUAAAAUCGAUAGGGGUUUGCUAAAUAAAGAAGUUCAGAAUCUGUUAGUAGAGAGAGAGUAAUGGGGAAGAGUGGAAAAAUUAGGAACUGCUUGCAGAACUGGCAUUUUAUAGGAGAUUGAACAUGAAAUUGCGAAGCUUUCUUCCUUUGUUUGUAUACUUAAUUGGUGUUGUAUGUUUGUUCAUGCAUAUUUCUAGGUUAAUUUUUCCUUUUUCUUUUUUAAGAUAUAUACCAAAAAAUUAGUAAAUGAAGUAGCCUUGUUCUAUGAGUA